CGAUGAUUCGCCGUUCUCGUCACUUUUAGUUAGACGGAAGCGGAGGUUUGGUUAGCAAUUCGGGUCCCGUACUUGUCAAGAAGAAAAUGACGUGCACUUCGGAUUUUAGUGGCUGUGCCUCGUGAUACGAGACUGGUUAAUCAGAGAAUUAAGUUUCCUAAUUCGUGGUAUUAUUUGAUUUAGAAGGAGACAAACAUAUUCUUUAUAUUUUUCUCUCGUGCCUUCGAGUGAACUGUGAAUCGUUUGUGUCGCUCCCUCUUUUUCUAUUUCUCUCUCUCUCUUUCUGUCCCUUUCCUUCUCUUUCUCUUUCUCUUCUCGUAAUCAACUUCUGUCUUUUUUCCUCCUGUUCUUUGCUAACCUAAAUACUCGUAAAACCGUAACGUGAUUUUGUCGUGACACGUCGCCAACGAAUACCUGAACUAGUUUAUGGCUAUCAUUUUUUUUGUCUUCAUAUCCAAAAAUCCACUCGAAACGGGGAAGAAAAUUAAAGAGAAAAUUAAGCCAUUUAAACUGCUUCGUAAUCAAAGACUUCCUUCUCCUGAAGUCUUUCUAACCUGGACUGAAGGCGUCUAGGCACCGUUCUGAGAAUUUGUUUGCGUGAAUGAACGGUAUAAACAUUGUGAGGAUACAAUAAGCAGUGUUGAGAUAAAGACGCAAUCAUGGAGGACGGCCAUGCGAAGACCGUUGAGGAGGUAUUAAAUUAUUUCAAUGUGGACGGAGAGAAAGGAUUGUCUCUAGACCAAGUAAAGAGGAAUCAGGAGAAGUAUGGUCUCAACGAAUUGCCAGCCGAGGAGGGUAAAUCCAUCUGGCAACUUGUAUUGGAACAAUUCGACGACCUCCUAGUUAAGAUUCUAUUAUUAGCCGCUAUUAUCUCUUUUGUAUUAGCUUUAUUUGAGGAGCAUGAGGAUGCGUUCACGGCCUUCGUCGAACCUUUCGUCAUUUUGCUCAUCCUUAUCGCCAAUGCCGUGGUCGGUGUAUGGCAAGAACGUAACGCCGAAUCGGCGAUCGAAGCGUUGAAAGAAUAUGAACCCGAAAUGGGUAAAGUUGUACGAGGUGACAAGGCUGGUGUACAAAGGAUUAGAGCGAAAGAGAUCGUACCCGGGGAUAUUGUCGAGGUGUCUGUCGGAGAUAAGAUCCCAGCCGAUAUUCGUUUAAGUAAAAUCUUCUCGACCACUCUCAGGAUUGAUCAGUCAAUCCUGACCGGUGAAUCUGUUUCGGUUAUUAAACAUACGGAUCCUGUUCCCGAUCCACGUGCCGUCAAUCAGGAUAAGAAAAACAUUUUGUUCUCUGGUACCAAUGUAGCAGCUGGUAAGGCACGUGGCGUUGUUAUUGGAACUGGUUUAAAUACCGCGAUUGGUAAAAUCCGUACCGAAAUGUCCGAGACUGAGGAGAUCAAGACACCCCUCCAACAAAAACUCGACGAAUUUGGUGAACAAUUAUCCAAAGUUAUUUCCGUCAUUUGUGUUGCUGUAUGGGCUAUCAACAUCGGUCACUUCAACGAUCCUGCUCACGGUGGAUCAUGGAUCAAGGGUGCUAUUUAUUACUUCAAGAUUGCUGUCGCUCUUGCCGUCGCUGCCAUUCCUGAAGGUUUACCAGCUGUUAUCACGACUUGUUUAGCUUUGGGUACUAGGCGUAUGGCUAAGAAAAAUGCUAUUGUACGAUCCUUGCCUUCUGUCGAAACUCUUGGUUGUACUUCUGUUAUUUGUUCUGACAAGACUGGAACGUUGACUACGAAUCAGAUGUCCGUUAGCCGAAUGUUUAUUUUUGAUAAAAUUGAGGGCAACGAUAGCUCAUUCCACGAGUUUGAGAUUACUGGAUCGACUUACGAACCGAUUGGUGAGAUCUUCUUGAGAGGACAAAAAAUCAAAGGACAAGAAUUCGAGACGCUUCACGAGAUUGGUACGAUCUGUAUCAUGUGUAACGAUUCGGCUAUUGACUUUAACGAAUUCAAACAAGCUUUCGAAAAGGUUGGCGAAGCCACGGAAACGGCUCUAAUCGUUUUGGCUGAAAAGGUUAAUCCUUAUGGUGUGUCCAAGAGUGGACUCGAUCGUCGUAAUUCAGCUAUUGUUGUCAGGCAAGAUAUUGAAACGAAAUGGAAGAAGGAAUUCACAUUGGAGUUCUCUCGAGAUCGUAAAUCCAUGUCCUCGUAUUGUGUACCUCUGAAACCUAGCAAACUUGGAACUGGACCGAAACUUUUUGUUAAGGGUGCACCCGAAGGCGUAUUGGAUAGGUGCACGCAUGCGCGUGUUGGUAGCCAGAAGGUUCCUCUUACAUCGACUUUGAAAAAUCGUAUUUUGGAUUUGACGAGGCAAUACGGAACCGGACGAGACACUUUACGUUGUCUUGCUUUGGCAACCGCUGAUCAUCCGAUGAAACCCGAUGACAUGGAUUUGGGUGACUCCACUAAGUUCUAUACUUACGAAAAAGAUCUCACGUUCAUUGGUGUCGUUGGUAUGUUGGAUCCACCUCGUAAAGAAGUCUUCGAUUCUAUUGUCAGGUGUCGUGCUGCUGGUAUUCGUGUUAUUGUUAUUACUGGUGAUAACAAAGCCACCGCUGAAGCUAUUUGCCGAAGAAUUGGUGUUUUCUCUGAAGAUGAGGAUACAACUGGAAAAUCUUACUCUGGACGUGAAUUCGAUGAUCUCUCACCAAAUGAACAGAAAUUAGCUUGCGCGAGAGCUAGGCUGUUUUCUCGCGUAGAACCAGCUCACAAAUCGAAGAUCGUUGAAUACUUACAAAGUAUGAACGAGAUCUCGGCUAUGACUGGUGAUGGUGUGAAUGAUGCCCCAGCCUUAAAGAAGGCUGAAAUUGGUAUCGCUAUGGGUUCUGGAACGGCUGUAGCAAAAUCGGCCUCAGAGAUGGUAUUGGCAGAUGAUAAUUUCUCUUCUAUCGUUGCUGCCGUUGAAGAAGGUCGUGCUAUUUAUAAUAACAUGAAACAAUUCAUUCGUUAUCUUAUUUCUUCUAAUAUUGGUGAAGUCGUAAGUAUAUUCUUGACGGCCGCUCUUGGUCUUCCCGAAGCUUUAAUUCCAGUUCAGCUUCUCUGGGUUAAUUUGGUCACUGACGGUCUUCCAGCCACUGCCCUUGGUUUUAAUCCACCUGAUUUGGAUAUCAUGGACAAGCCUCCUCGCAAAGCCGAUGAAUCUCUUAUUUCUGGUUGGCUAUUUUUCCGAUACUUGGCUAUUGGUGGAUAUGUAGGUGCUGCUACUGUAGGAUCAGCUGCGUGGUGGUUCUUGUAUAGUCCGAAUGGACCACAAAUGAAUUAUUAUCAAUUGACUCAUCACUUGGCUUGCAUCGGUGGUGGAGACGAGUUCAAAGGCGUUAAUUGCAAAAUCUUUGCUGAUCCUCAUCCAAUGACCAUGGCUCUUUCUGUACUUGUAACCAUUGAAAUGUUGAACGCUAUGAAUAGUUUAUCGGAGAAUCAGUCACUCAUCUCGAUGCCGCCUUGGUCCAACAUGUGGCUCAUCGCCUCCAUGGCCCUUUCCUUCACACUCCACUUUGUCAUUCUUUACGUCGACGUCCUUUCGUCUGUAUUCCAAGUGACUCCCUUAACGGGUGAAGAAUGGGUUACCGUUAUGAAGUUUUCCAUUCCAGUGGUACUUCUAGACGAAACCCUGAAGUUUGUUGCCAGAAAGAUCACAGAUGUGGCACCAACAGUGACGGUGCGGAAAUAAAGCUCGAGAUGCGUCGGAGAGAGAUACACGAACGAGUAAAGAACAAUUCACAUUUAAAAAAAAAGAAAAGGAAAAAUAACAAACAAAAUAAAAUAUUAAAAAAGAUACGGCGAGCGGGGGGAACAUCCUCGAAUAAAGCGGACGCGUGAAAUCUUCGAAAGACGGCAAUUCAACACACACACAUCUAUACACACAUAUUAUAUAUACAUACGUUCAUCUAUACAAAAAUAUAUAUGAAGAUAAGGAGUAUAGUCAAGAAAAACGAGGUAAGCCGUUCGAAAAUGAUGAGAAAAUCCGAAAAUGAAAGCGAACGUAUAAGAAGAUACGCAUAUACCAUUGUACAUCCAUACAUAUACACUAAAAAGAGAACAUAUGUCCGUCAAUAUCGGAGAAAGGACUAGAAAGAAGAAAUAUAAGGAUGAUUGUUGUGUUGUGUGUAUUACAUACAGCAGAGAAAGAGAGUCACGUAUAAACAGGCAAUGAUGAGUAUACCGUCAAAGUUAUGAUCAUCAGAAAGCAGCUAAGGACAUCGAACGUGUAUGUGUGUGUGUGUACGUUAUUUUAUUAACGUAUAUACGAGAUCUCUUCGUUAUAUAGAACCGAACAAAAAGAAAUUGUCUUUUCUUUAGUAUCCUCUAUAUUCUGUUCGUUGAUCCGAAAGAGCCAAGAACAUCUGCACAGUGUGUGUAUGUGUGUGUAUGUAUGUGUGUGUGUGUGAGUUAGAUCGUACGACGAAAGGAAGGAAGACACGUGUCUCUUUUUAUGAUCGGAUCCUUUACCUUGGAAUCUUACAUACCCACACACACAUACACACAUAUAUAUAUAUAUACAUAGAUCGCGUGCGUAUAUAUAUAUAUAAAAAUGAAUGCAUUGACGCAUUUGUUCCCGUACACGUACACGCGACACAUUGACGCUUUCCAUCUCUCUUUUUUCGUAAUCAUCAUCGAUAGUUCGGGAUAUUGUUUUUUUUUGCUUUUUUCGUCAUUAAUAACAAACCUAUUAUUUAUAUUAUGUUACAGUAGGGGAAGUGAUCGUCAAUAAGUGGGCCUAAGGCUCCAAUCCUAAUCUGUUCUGCCGGCGAUUAAUCUUCUACCGUGAACACACACACACAUUCAAAUCGAAUUAAAAUUAGAUAAAUAAUGAAAAGUAAUAUUGCAAAAAUAGUAGAAAAGUGUCGUCCUAUUGAGAACAGAGACAGACAGACAGACGAACAAACGAACGGAGAACGAACAAUAUAUAUAAAAUAAAAUAAAAUAAAAAAAAUAAAAAAAAAAAGUACACUUGCAGUAGAGAAACAAAGGAAGAAAGAAAGUAACUGACAAAAAAAAAAGAAAACGAGCCAACAAGCGACACGAACUUCCGCCUUCGCGCUAAAGCCGAAAGAAAACAUAAAAGA